UUCCUGGCAGUUGGUUGCGUCUGUUGCCGCUGUGUGCUGCUCUCCUUCCUGAAAGACAACACUUGCAUUUGGAGCCGCGGAUGUCACUGCUAAGAGGGUGAGACCGCAAAGUUAAAGAUUCCUGAAGAUCUUCAUCUUGUCUCGUCAACUCCCACAUGGCAGUAGACUCACUUGAAGAUUAAACCAGGUACACUAAGCUCCAGAGCAUUGCCUUCGUAGAUGCCGCUCAGUCUCCGUCUUUGCAAAUGGCUUGCUGCUUGAAGGACGAGCUCCUCUGUUCAAUCUGCCUCAGCAUCUACCAGGACCCCGUCAGCUUUGGCUGUGAGCACUACUUUUGCAGAAAGUGUAUCACCGAGCACUGGAGCAGACAGGAGCUUCACGGAGUGCGGGACUGUCCUGAGUGCCGCAGGACCUUCACUGAUCCUCUCCUCUCGCCAAGCCUCAAGUUGUCCAACAUUGUGGAGCGCUACUCGGCCUUCCCACUAGACGCCAUCCUUAACGCUCAGAGAAGCUCCUACCCCUGCAAGGACCACGAAAAGGUCAAGCUCUUCUGCCUCACCGACAAAAGUCUGGUGUGCUUUUUCUGUGACGAGCCGGCACUACACGAGCAGCACCAAGUUACCACCAUUGACGAGGCUUACGAAGAGAUACAGAGGGAGAUGAAGGAGCAGCUGGCCACCCUGCAGGACAGUGAGAAGGGACACACCGAGGCCCUGCAGCUCCUGCAAAGACAACUUACUGAGACCAAGUCCUCAGCCAAGAGUCUGCGCGCCACCAUCGGCGACGCAUUCGAGCGCCUUCACCGCUUCCUACGCGAGCGCCAGAAGAGCAUGCUGGAAGAGCUUGAGAUGGACACUGCCCGCAAGCUGGCCGACAUUGAGCACAAGAUCCAGCGCUACAGCCAGCAGCUGCGCGACGUCAAGGAGGGCAUCCAAAUCCUGCAGGAGCGCCUUAAUGAGACGGAACGACACGACUUCCUGGAGGGAGUAGCCGUCACAUCUGAGAGGUGCUUCACCUGCUCUGAGUUUGCUAAAGCAGUCCCAGUGUCAUCACUGCAGUCCGAUAAGAAACUAAAUGUGGUUGUAAACACAUUAUCUUCAAGAAGGAUCAGGAUUAAAGGGAAGAUACAUGAGACCAAUCUGACGUAUGAAGACUUCCCGACAUCCAAGUACAUGGGGCCCUUACAGUACACAAUAUGGAAGUCUCUCUUCCAAGACAUCUCACCAGUGCCAGCAGCAUUGACCCUCGACCCCAUCACAGCACAUCAAAGACUGAUCCUCUCAGACGAUUGUACCAUAGUGGCCUACGGGAACCUUCAUCCGCAGCCCCUGCAGGACUCCCCGCGCCGCUUUGACGUGGAGGUGUCUGUUCUGGGCGCAGAUGGCUUUUUGUCGGGCGUCCAUUACUGGGAGGUGAUGGUGUCGGAGAAGACCCAGUGGAUGAUCGGUGUGGCCCAUGAGACAGUAAGCCGCAAGGGCAGCAUCCAAAUCCAGCCCAGCCGCGGCUUCUACUGCAUCGUUAUGCACGACGGCAACCAGUAUAGCGCCUGCACCGAGCCGUGGACCCGCCUCAAUGUAAAGAGCAAGUUGGAGAAGGUGGGGGUGUAUCUGGACUACCACAAAGGCCUGCUCAUCUUCUACAAUGCCGACGACAUGUCCUGGCUCUACACCUACCGGGAGAAAUUCCCCGCCAAGGUCUUCCCCUAUUUCAGCCCUGGCCAGAGCCACGCCAACGGCAAGAACGUGCAGCCGCUGCGAAUCAACACUGUACGCCUUUAAGAGCUGCACACAUCUGUGGUCGUGAUUGUCCUGACAGAUAAUGCACAGGACUUGUGUAGGUUUUGAAAAGAUGUGAUAAGAAAUGAGUUUAAAAAUGUUUAAUAAGGUGUUUUGAAAUGUCAUUUAUUUUAGUUCAGUUAAGACUUGUGAUUGAUGUUGCUCUUAAA